AGUGAAUUAGGUAUCACCCACCACUCACCCACCACUUCCUCAAGAAAUGCGAAUUCCAGAUAUUCCAGAUAUAGCCCCUUUUCGCAUUACCUAAUGUACCGGAAUGGUUUUGUCUCUUGACGAUCUUCCUGAAGAGAUACUCCAUACCAUUUUAUUCUUCUGUUCUCCCCACUGUUCGGCUGCUCUAGAGCGGACUGCACGACGGUUUCGAGGCGUCGCCAACGAACCGCUAUUAUGGAGGCACUAUUGCCACACUUACUUCAAAUUCUGGGCCCCCAGCCAUGAUAUGCCUGCAAAACUUUCAAGCCCUAUAUCUGCGGUAGACUGGAAGGCGCUCUACAUAUCCAGACACCUCGUCGAUUGCGCAACCAGCCAGCUUUUGGACAGUAUUCUUACAAGCCAGGCUGGAAGAAUAGAGAAGUUCCAAUCCGUUAUUAAUCUCGGAUAUGAUGCGAAAGAUACUCUGUUGCGGCACAUUUCGAUAGACUCAGCUGCGGAGGACUAUUUAGCCAGGAGUUACUAUGCUCAGGCGCUUCUGACUUGCCUCCACCGGAGUAUUGCAAUCCCGGAAUGGGCGAGACUGAGAAGUGAUGAUGCAGUACCUCUCAUUAGGGCCUUGGGCGCUUUUGACCUAUUCAUACCAGAAAGCGGAUAUGGAAAUAUUGACGAAAUCAAAAUUAGGCUGAAUGGAAUUGCUUCCCGCCUUUCCUUAAAUUAUCCCGAUAUAGGCAAGCUGAGUGUCCGUAAGAGGGCGAAAAUUAUCGCUACAUAUUUGAGAGCCAAUAACCUCACCGGGAUUGAGCCCGGACGAGAGUAUCAUUGUUUGGCACAUAAUUUCCUGGGGAUAGCAUUGAAUGACCCUGGACAUAACUCAUUACCUUUGGUAUCGGCUGCUAUAUAUUGCCAUGUCGCCCAAAGGCUUGGGCUAAAUGCCCGUCCUUGUGGGUUUCCUUUCCAUGUCCACGUUAUCAUCAUGCCGCCAGCUGGUUCCGAUGUUGACGGCAAUUUUGUAAGCGCAAAUAUCCGAGGCGAGCCCAUUUAUAUGGACCCUUUUCGCACCGAUAACGAGACACCUGUGGCAGACCUGAGAUCCCAGUUGAAUUUUCUAGGAGCGUCACCCAUGGAACAAACCACGUUUCUAGACGAAUCUUGGACCUCUGAGAUUGUUUUACGGUGUAGUAAGAAUAUUUUGAACUCAGUUCAGCGUAUCACUCAGUUCCCUCGAGCUCAGUUGAUUCCGGUGGACGUGGUUUGUGCAAAAUAUGCAGCGCUCUGGUCCUGUCUCUUGCUCUCGGAUCCCUCCCGGCCUGCAGAGCUGAGGCAUCCCCUACUUGGGCUCAUGGAAUUACUCGCUACUGAUUUUCCAUCCGAUAUUUAUCUUAUUGAGCAGUAUAUCGCCCCGAUAUUUCAUGACACGCUAGAGUUCGAGCAUAUCAGAGAGAACCUACAUAUCAUACGAAGAGUGGAUGAGAUUCCCAAACAAGUGAAACAACGCUCUCCUGAACAUAAGGGGGUGAUCUAUCGUGUCGGCCAGGUUUUCAGACAUCGCCGCUACAAUUAUACGGCUAUAAUCACAGGAUGGGAUGCUGAGUGCGGAGCGGGCGACGACUGGAUGCGGAGGAUGGGAAUUGAUCGUUUGCAAAGUGGCAGGCAUCAGAGCUUUUACCAUGUAAUUGUUGAGGAUAAAAAUGUUCGAUAUGUGGCUGAGGAGAAUAUUCAAGCGAUAUCACCGGAUAUCUCAGAAUUACCACCCACCUUGGUUGCUAUAGCAGGAAAAUAUUUUAAGCGAUGGGAUGAGGUACGUCGGGAGUUUGUAAGCAAUAUCAAGGAUGAGUAUCCUGAUGAUUAGGUGGCUACAAGGGGAGCUUUUGGUUCCGACGGUGCGGGUAAAAUAAAGCUUUUCCAUUAAACACCCAAGUCUUUAUUUUAUCAUGACAGUCAUUUUUACCGCGCGCUAAAGUAAGUGUAUACCGUAGUAAAACAUUGUAGGUUGAUAUACGGAGUAUUAUUAGGAGAAAGUGCGUCAGUUUUUUUUUAUGUUGGAUAUUCUUGUAUGCGACCACAUUAGAUUCAUUCAUUCUGAAGUACCAGCAGGCAGAAUGCUACCAGAGUCAUCUAUUGAUAUGCAGAUCCAUGUAUUUUAUAAAACCACAGGGUAUAAAGUGUGAUAUUCAACCAAU